UGUGUCUUUCCGGUACUUUACCUAAAGUGAAAUUAAAAAUAAAACAAUUAAUUAAUAUGAAUCAAAAAUGAACUAUUUUCCUUUGGAUUUAAUAGAGGUGAUGGAAAAAAUGUGUGUUGUGUUAAUGUGUUAUAAGUGAUUAUGUGUUAUGUGUGUGUUAUAAUUAAUAAUGUUUGAUAAUUGACCUCAGGGUACAACUGUCAUAGGCGCUGUACAUUAAGCCAGUUGUUUAUGCGACGAGUUUUUUUUAGUUUCCUUCAUGGUAGCCACUUCGAUGGAAGGCGGCGCGUGGUGCGCUCGCGACAUCUCCCUGCGCGCGCAGAAGAAGUUCCUGUCUAGAGUAGGGGGGGCCGCCAGCGCUCGGUCCCUCGUCCUCGAUGAACACGCGGCUAAGCUGCUCGAUCAGUUCCUCACCGUACUCCGCGAGCGUGUAGAAAAGAGAGAGGCUGAGAAGCUUGUAAAGCAUGUGAUCAAGGCGGCUGUGAAGCUUGGCGUGCUUCGGCGACACGGACAGCUGUCGGCGGCGGACGAUCGAGCUCUUGCUGCUUUCCGCUCAAAAUUUCAUACGGUGUUGAUGGCUGUGGUAUCAUUCUGCGAGGUGGAAUUCUCCUACGAUCGAAACUUUCUCCAAGAUGCUCUUCGCGACUCCCACCAGUCUCUAAAAUCGGUGGUAGAGCGACAUCUUUCAGACAAAUCUGUCUCCAGAUUGGCUGGAGUAUUUGGCCUUGCUUCAAGAGGCGACCUCUUAGACUCCUUGUUCGCCGGACAAAUUGAUGAGAACGUCCUCAAACUCAGCAGGAUGCUUCGGAAAGAGUUAGACAGGGGGCUGCUAUAAUCCGACAAAAUGAAACAAAGUGUGCCGUCCUAUACAAAAGCUGUGCGUAUAUACCAUCUUAAAUCGGUAUCAUAAGCCUCUUACGCUUCGACAAUGGGAUCACUUAAGUCAUAAUCUCCAAUGAAGAUAUGAAGAACUUUUAGAUGACCCACUAUUGCACGUGUUUCAUUAGUAUCGCUUCGUGCAUGCAUAUCACAAGCACUGACAGUUAAAGUUUAUUAUUAUUAUUACCAUAUUUAUAUUAUGCUCUCUGUAAUUAAAAAUAAAUGGUUUAGAGAAAGGGUGUUUUGGGGUAAGUAAUUAAAAUCCAGCUAAUAUUGUAUGCUGUGAGAAAAAAAUUGCAUUACAUUAAUGCAUUUUAAUGUUCUUUCUUACUUUAGGCGUCUCAAUACACGACAAAAGACGUGUACAAUAAAAAAUGCUUUUCGGAUUUUUGUAAUUACCCCCAAAAGCACUUUAAAGGCUUAGACAACUAUCAAGACUAUUACGAAUACUCAGUGUAUAUUAUUUUAUUUAUAUUUUAAUUUUUAUAUUGUUCGUUUAAUAUUCUUCUAAUUUUAUUUUGUGUAAUUCAGUUUUUUCUGAAUCUCUGGUCCUUUCUCAGUAAAAAAAUCAUUGCUUUACUUACUUCUAUAAAUAGAUUAAAAAAUAACUUUACUAAAUCUAUUUGAACCGCAUACAAUGUUAUUAGUACUUUACUGAUAUAAGUAAAAGUAAAAAAAAAUAAACGUUAAUUUUAUUUUCGUGUUUAGUUUAUGAUAUUUUUGUUAUGUACAAACAUUUAGUUGCUCAUAUAUUAUACAUAUAGAUAUAUGAUUUUAAAACUUUUUAAGUAUAAAAAGAUAUACUUAUGAGUCUUAUGACACUGUUUAUCAACCGAUAUGUUUACCAACUUUCCUGUUUCCCUAAUUUAAGAGGAAAAUAAUCUUUUAGAAGGAGUAUGAUAUUAUGCCUAUGUAAAUGUUAUUCAAAGCUUUAUAUAAAUGAUAAGUAUUUAAAUAUUAUAAAUGAGACAAUUUAAAAACGUACAAUUUAGAAUUUGGUGUCCUGUUUUAUAUCGUGUCUACAAGUAUAUUUUUGCCUGGUAACUCAAGAGACAAACAAGAAAACAUUUCUUCAAAGUAAAUUGGACCUAAUCACUACUGUUUAAAGUUUAUUUUACUUCAUCGUACACAUCUUAAUCCAUGUUUAUAAAUAUUGCCGAAUUUGUGUGAAGUUGCCAGGUAAAAAUCAAAUUAGAAUAUAUUUAAUGUGAUUAAAUAAGAAAAAGGUAUAAGACAAAGUACUAAAAAACCUACUUGCCGUAUAUUUGCCAAUGUACUACGAAGCUCCUAAUAUCUUGUUUAAUUAGUUUGAAUGAAAUGAAUGUAAUUAUAGUCGCGUAUAAAGUUACUUUUUAAUUUUGCUGCGACACGCUUUGAGGGCUGGGAAAUUAACAUAAUUAUUUUUACAUUAAUACAGUUUUUUUCUACUCAUUUGGGUCAUAUUGAAGAGUUUCUUACGUUCAAAAAUUAAUAUGGCAAAAGCUAUUUAAUUUUAACAUCAUUUUUUUAUAAUAUUACAAAUUUUUAACAUCAAAAUCGCCUAAGCGUGUCAUGGAUUUCGUGACAAUUUUUAAUGAACUAUUUUAACCUUGCCAGUGUUAUUCGUGUUAUGUUCGUCUAUAAAUUGAUUUUCAAUUUGUAAAUAUCAAAAAUGUAGUCAAUAUUACGACAAAACUAUUUGUACAUUGAAUAGUUAGUGGUUAAGGCAAUAUAUAGACCGUUACCAAAACAAUAAAUUAUUACUAAUUAAGCAAUUGUUAAAUAUAAGUUAUUUUUAAUUGUCUAAGUGACGUUUAAUUGUAAUUAAGUUCGUUUAAUUAUGACAAUAAUUAUUUUAUUUUAGAAAUAAUUCUCGAUAUUAUGUAUAAUUUCUCUAUUAUAUUUUAAAUUUUAUGUUUGAAUGAAUAAUAAGUUUUUGAUUAUUAUGUAGGGCCAUGAGACUCAACGCUCUAAUCAAAAUCGCUCUGCUAAACAAACGUUAAUAUUAUUUAUAUACUAUUAUGAUAUUUAAACAAAAAAUGCUGCGAAAAUAAGCUAAUAAUAGGUAUAAUUUUCAGACACCAAAAAUUUAAAAGCUACAUUUUUCAAAAUUGGAUAUAGAUUUUAUAGACAAACACGCCCCAAGUUAGAUCACACUAUUGCUUCACAUCAGGAUCAAUUAUAGCGUCAUAUUGUAAGCACCACAGUCAAAUAGUUUAUAUUAAUCUUAAAUAUAAUCAAUCUUUCUACUAAUAUUGUAUUGAACUCUUCUAACUUAUCGUAUCUACACCUACUUAUAAAAAGUGAAAGCCUAUUUUUCCGAAACUUAUUUAUUUUCUUUACUAAAUCAAGAUACAAAAUAAGGUUAAAUAAUAGAUUCUACGUUUGAUAAAAACGUAUAAAUUUGGACCAAACCUGUUAUAUUAGAAUAGUUCAAACAUAUCUGAACUAACACCAUAUCUCUCUUUUUAGCAAUAAAACUUAAUUAAUUUAAUGUUUAUUUUUGAAAAUCUAUAUUAGUAGCGACAAUUUACACUUUGCACAAUACUUGCCACCUAGCUAGGUAAGAUGCAUAUUAGACGAUCCAAUCACGAAUGGAUUAUAAAAUUAAAUUUUAUAUUAUAAUGUCCAAUGAAAAUUAAAACUAAGGAACAUUUUUAUUUUACAAAUAUUUAAAAAGAUAAGAACAAACACCUAGUAAAUAAAAAAUAUUACUUUAGCGACAUUCGAAUUGAGUAAUUAAACGGAAAAAUCCUCGAGUGACAUUCAAAUUGAGGAUAGAAUCCCACAAGUACACGACCAAUAACUUUUUCUGCUGCAUUGAAUUUAUUGUCAUCAGCUAGAUAAUAUCAAAGAAACGUCCGUGUAGAGAUGUAUUAAAAUGACAAUAUGAUAUAUGAAUACAUAAUUUAUAAGCUUGAGGUGUGUCGUUUUCAUAUUCUAAGUGUUUUCACAUUUGAUGUUAGAAUUCUUUGUCGUCAUUGACAUAUUAAUAGAUCGGCAGUUAUAACUAAGUAGUCAUGAUAUAAAUUCGAUAAAUUAAAAUACCACUGUGUUAAAUACACCUAGUUUAAGAAAUGUAACUACUAAAUAAUACCUGUCAUCUAAAAUGCUCUUGGCUUAAGAAAUUCUCGCAAAACCGCAUCGGUCGCCGUACGUACGGCGCCAUUCGUAUCGCCCGAUGCCGUGGCCAGGCUAAAGUUUCAAGGUACCGUAUUCCACAGUAUUGGUAUCAUGGUAAGACGUAUUAAGCAUCAAAAGCUUUAUACGCCAGUCGGUUAGUAAGCUGAAUUUACAUAAGGUCGACAGUAUUAUUAUAAUUUUCAGACCUACUCCUCGCACUUUGGAAAAUUCUCAUGAGUAGACUCUUCUCGGCCAAAACUCCUGUCAUUUUUACUCCUCACAUUGUUAGUCGUAUACCCACCGCGCAGCCCAUGUCACGAAAACAGUGUGUCUAUCCCAUUGCUUUCUUUCUCUUAUUCUUUAUUAUUCAAGGAAGUUAUCAGUAAUUACUCGUAUACUUAUGCCUUUGCAAAUUUUCAAAAAACUAGAUGAGAAAGAUGAAUCAGCCAUGACAUUAAAGACACCUUUGUAAAAAGUUUCUACUGCCGAUCUAAUAGUAUACUAUCAUAAAUGAGUAUUUGAUGUACCUAAUAUCAUAUGCUCCAUUUGCCUUGAUGUGUAAAACAAAAGCGUCUUACUAUUUAAACACGAUGACCAGUUUGUAUUUACAUUUGCAUAUAUGUCAUAGUUUGUGCCAGCCUUCUAGUCUGCUCUACUCUCGCAGAACUACGCAGGUAUGCCUCGCUGCAAUAUGUUUCAGAUAUACGCCUUGUUUUCAGAGCGUACUUGAAGUUAGGCACAUGCUAUAUCAAGAGCAUUGGAAGUAGUCGUUAAAGUCAUGACAAUGGUAGAAUUAAGUAGCGUUGAUAUCGAUGUGUUUUCUUAUUUUCCAAUGUUCUAUGUGUAUAUUUAAAUGUGUUUAGGCGUUUAAAAUGCCGUGAGUUACAAUGAAAUAUAUAAAUGGCUAGUCAGCAUCGUGGUCGUCAUGUCUGAUAAUUUUUUAAUCAGGUAGCUAUAGUCUGCGCCAACGCUAAACGCUAUUAUAACACCGUUGGGAUGUUUUCAUAUUCACACACUACCAUUCGGAUUAGAGUGAACUCGAAGAUUAGCGCGUACUAUAGUUUAUCUAGACUUGUAAUGCACGAUUGUCGAUGGCAUUCGCAGUUUGUACAUUUUAUUGUUAACUUAAUUAUGUCGUUUACGAUGUAGUCAUAUCAUAUAUAUGUGUGUUUUUAAUGUUACAAUUGAUGAUUUAAUCUAAGUAAGUUAACAGUGAAGAAUAUAAUUUAUUACUUUGCUAUUCUCAGAUUAAAACCGAUAAAUAAAAAAACGUUAUCCUCAACCGACCUUCCAAUAUACUGUACGUUUAAAAAACAUCGGUUCCUCAGGAGAUUGGAUCUUCAAUGUUAAAAUAAAAAGUGUGAAUUGUCUGUUUUUCACUGAGCAAAAAAAAUCAUUGUUAAAAAAACAACAGUAAUUUUGAAAAAAAAACUAAAUAGUUGGACACAAAGGCACGUCUAUCAAACACAUAAUUUUGAUAUAUUUUCCCUCAAAACGGGUAAUUUAUUGUAACUUAAACUUACUCAAGUCGUGCACUCUGUUCGCAUUUUAACACCGACUAAAAAAGUAAUCAUUAAUGGAGUUUACCUGGAACAGGUUAAUGGUCGACCUGACUUAGCUUCGACGAAGUCCAGUCUAACUACAUUAUACACUACCUUCUUAAGUCAAUCAUAAAACUCCUUUGUCGUAUGAUCAUCGUUGGUACACUGAGAUCUUUCUCAGUCUACCAAAUCGUAUCUCCAGCGUGAGCCUAUUAUAACAUGGCCGAUCGAAACAGAAAUUAAGUUAAAAUUUCUUUUUAACCGACUUCCAAAAAGGAGGAGGUUCUACGUUCGGCUGUAUGUAUGUUUUUUUGACUAAAUAAGUUGGAAUUUAUUUUAAUUUUAUUAGUCAUAGCACACUACCGUGACGCUGUAAGCGUAGCGCCUAGCCGUAACCGAGUUGACGAUGAGGCAAAAGAGGGGAAAGAUUACAAUCCCUUUCCGAGUUGAUACAUGUACUAUGACCUUUACAUCGGGUUUUUGCACCUUGCAAAAAUGAAAUAUCUCAUCAAGUUUCAUUAUAAUUAAUGAACAUAAUGUAUUCAUAUCAGUAUAUCGUUCGUCGGAUCUCAAUAUAUCAUUUGUAAUCACAAUGGAACGUCGACGUUCAAGAGUAGUGGUGAUGAUUUAUCUCCGAAUUUCUAUAUCCUAUUUAUCAGCGGUAUAUUGGUAGCAAGGUUAUUAGUCAAACUGCCUUAUUAUCAUGUCCUGGAUAUAAGCUAUUUUAGCAAUUGUCUAGGGCCUGAGACGACCCAGAAAAAAACGAGCUCACAAAAGUUCGAAAAAAGUAAAUUCCAAUAUGAAGUGUAUAUUAAAGAUAGAGGGGCACACAGGCCCCCUAUAUUUAAAUUAACUACAGAGAAAUAAUUUAAAAAAAAAGUGUUAAUAAUUUGAAACGCUGAAAUUGCUUUAACUUUCGUGUGCUCGUUUUUUCGUUUCCUGGUCGGCUCUGGUGACUAGACGUGGUACCAGCGGCGUAGCUACCGUCGUAUCAGCCGUAUCAAUGAUACGGGGCCCCUGGACUACAGGGCCCUUACGUGUGAAAGCAAAAAUUAGUAAAGUGUAGUUGGUGCUUCCCGGAAAAAAAAUCAUAAUAAAACUGAAGAGUUUUCACUUACAAAAUGAUAAAAGUACAAAAAAACUCGUUUUCUUUGUGAGAAUUAGUUACCCUUUAAUUUACCCAACAAAUGUCGAUACAAGGUCCCUCCAAGGCACGCUACGCCACUACGUGAUACCUUAAGCAAUUGUUUAAAUAGCUUAUAUGCCGUGAUAAACUAAGCAAUUUCUUAAAUAGCUUUUAAGGUAAUCCAGGACUGAAGAUAAUAUUAGUCAACAAAAGAUCAUAGCUUUUUAGCAUUAGCUACCUAACGCAAUCUACCGAUGAAUUACAGAUAGAUGGGAUGUUGAAAACGGACGUUAGUGUAAACUUAUUUUCAAGUUUGUUAAGCUGUGUUAUAUGUACUAAGAUUUGAUAUCAAAUAUACAAUUGAUAAAUAAAAACAUAA